GAAAUUUUUAUCAACAUCUGUCUUAUCAGCAUGUCUUUUAAGCGAGCCCGCAAGCGUAGUGUAUUGACUUUCUUUGCGCAAAGAAAAAAAUAUUGAGAACUAUAAAUAUACAUUUGAGCAGACAGUAAAGACAGGAAGCUGGAGAAAAGUGCUUGCAAGAGUAAUAAUAAACGCAUCAGCGUCAGUUGGGAGCAGUAAAGCACGCGUGACGGACUUAAUAUAAUAUUUAUUGUAUAAAAAGUAGAUCUGCAGAUAUUCAAAGUUACUUAAAUAAAAAAUAUGAAUCUCAUUUUUGUAAAAAAUCUCAACACGUACCACACGCUUACUCGGCUCUUCUACUUAAUUCUGACAAUGGACUUUGUGGCUGGACAAUUUUGGAAACUCAAUAGCCCAAGUGAGCGGGAUAUGUUUAUAUUGGAAACAAAAUCGCUGAUGGCAUCCGGUAUUUGCUAUAAAGACGUGCUUGGUACCGCAAGUGAACCGACAUUAAAAAUGCAAACAAUCUCAUAUUGUUGUCCCGGUUAUCGUCGUAAUUCUCAAUCUUCGGCAAUGCAUUGUGAGCCGAUAUGUGCAGAGGAUUGUUCGAACGGUAUUUGUACGGCACCAGAUGUGUGUGAGUGUUAUCCUGGGUAUACACGUGCAGGAGGUCGAUGUGAAGAGCUUUAAACCGAGCAAAUGCGACUAAUUUUAGGGAAAAUAAAUAAAAAUAAAUAAAAGGCAAGAGCGAAUACUAGUUAAAAUGCAUUAACUGUAAACUGCCUAUUUUUAUAUUUAAUUUUAAUAAAAAUAAAAAUAAAUAAUAAUAAU